GGCGGAGACUUGCGUCAGCUGCUGAAUGACCCGAACCGGAUUUGAUCCCAUUCCCUUCCAGCCUUCCAAGGAGCUCGGCCCGAGCGGACGCCUUGCCUUGCCUUGAUUGUCCUGUUCGUCUGCGUCCACAUUCUCCUCCGCUCGCUCUCACAAUGGCGCUCAGCGAUGACGACGUCAAGAAGCAGAUCAAGCACAUGAUGGCUUUCAUUGAACAGGAAGCCAACGAGAAGGCAGAAGAAAUAGAUGCUAAGGCUGAAGAAGAAUUCAACAUUGAGAAAGGUCGUCUUGUUCAGACACAGAGACUGAAAAUAAUGGAAUACUAUGAAAAGAAAGAAAAACAAAUUGAACAGCAGAAGAAAAUUCAGAUGUCCAACCUGAUGAAUCAGGCAAGACUGAAGGUCCUCAAAGCAAGGGAUGAUCUGAUUGCCGAUUUGCUGAAUGAUGCCAAGCAGAGACUGGCUAAAGUAGUAAAGGAUACUGGCAGGUACCAGAGUCUGUUGGAUGGAUUAGUUCUACAGGGGUUUUAUCAGUUACUUGAGCCUUCAAUGACUGUCCGAUGCCGGAAACAGGAUCUUCAAUUGGUUAAGGCUGCUGUCCAGAAGAGCAUCCCAGUCUACAAAGCUACCACUAAAAAAGAAGUUGAUAUUCGUAUUGACCAAGAAUCAUUUCUCCCUGAUGACAUAGCUGGAGGUGUUGAAAUCUAUAACAGUGACAAUAAAAUCAAGGUUUCCAAUACUCUGGAAAGCCGGCUGGAUCUAAUUGCUCAGCAAAUGAUGCCAGACAUUCGAACGGCACUUUUUGGUGCCAACAGCAAUAGGAAGUUCAUGGACUAAAUUUCUUCAAGUAACAGUGGAAAUUAUUCCACUGCCAUAGUGAAGGGAAUGCUGGAGCAUCCCUAAUAAACCAACACCCCUCUUAAAAUGUAA